CUGGGCGGCAGGCGGCGUCGUCUAGUUGUCUGCAGGCAAAGAUGGCGGUACGGAAGAAAGACGGCGGCCCGAAUGUAAAAUAUUUCGAAGCGUCUGAUACCGUUUCUCAGUUUGAUAAUGUCCGCGUCUGGCUGGGGAAGAAUUACAAAAAGUACAUCCAGGCUGAGCCCCCCACCAACAAGUCUCUGUCCAGCCUGGUGGUCCAGCUGCUCCAGUUCCAGGAGGAGGUGUUCGGUCGACAUGUCAGCAAUCCUCCUCUCACCAAGCUGCCGAUGAAAUGUUUUCUGGACUUCAAGUCAGGAGGGGCUCUCUGCCACAUCCUGGCUGCUGCCUACAAGUUCAAGAGUGACCAAGGAUGGCGCAGGUUUGACUUCCAGAAUCCGUCGAGGAUGGACCGAAAUGUGGAGAUGUUCAUGACGAUCGAGAAGUCCCUAGUGCAGAACAACUGCCUGACGAGACCCGUCAUCUACCUGAGCCCUGACAUUGAGCCCAAACUGCUCGGGAAACUGAAAGACAUCAUCAAAAGACAUCAGGGCUCAGUAACUGAGGACAAGGCCGCCAGCUCACAUGUCGUCGUUCCUAUCCCCACCAGCCUGGAGGAAGAGGAGUGGGUGCGUCCUGUGAUGAAGAGAGAUAAGCAAGUGCUGCUUCACUGGGGAUAUUUUCCUGACAGUUACGAUACCUGGAUCUCAGCCAGUGAGAUUGAGGCCGCAGUGGAAGAUCCUCCGAGUCCAGAAAAGCCAAGGAAGGUCCAUGCCAAGUGGAUCUUAGACCUGGACCAGUAUAAUGAGUGGAUGAACGAGGAGGACUAUGAGGUGGGCGAGGGCUGCCCCAAGAGGAAGAGGAUCUCCGCCAAGACCCUGACAGAUGAGGUGACCACGCCUGACGAGCGCAGGGACAAGAAGCCUGGCAGCGCCAAGAAGAGGAAGCGCUCACCGUCGCCCUCCCCAACCCCUCCGCCUCAGGAGAGCAAGAAGAAGAACACCAAAAAGGGGCCAACGACCCCGUACACCAAGUCUAAACGAGGCCAGAGGGAGGAGGAACAGGAAGAUCUGAGUAAGGACUUGGAUGAAGCGUCGCCUGUUCCAGCAUCUGAAGAGGGAAACCCAGCGAAGACAAACAGCGCCAAGAAGGACUCCGACUCGACUCCAGUCAAAGGAGGAACAGAUCUGGACGAGCAAGAGGAUGAGGCCAUGGAAACAACAGGCAAGGAGGAGGAGGAGGGCUCCCCGAGUGUGAAGGGUGAACCGGUGAAGGGCUCGGACCUUCACGAGGACAAUGUGACCGAGCAAACUCAUCACAUUAUUAUACCAAGCUACGCUGCCUGGUUCGACUACAACAGUGUUCAUGCCAUCGAGCGCAGAGCCCUGCCGGAGUUCUUCAAUGGGAAGAACAAAUCCAAAACCCCCGAGAUUUACCUGGCGUACAGGAACUUCAUGAUCGACACCUACCGGCUGAACCCUCAGGAGUAUCUGACCUCCACCGCCUGCCGCAGGAACCUGGCAGGAGACGUGUGUGCGAUCAUGAGAGUCCAUGCAUUCCUGGAGCAAUGGGGUCUGAUUAACUACCAGGUGGACUCUGAGAGCCGGCCCACACCCAUGGGUCCACCGCCCACCUCUCACUUCCAUGUGCUGGCAGACACUCCCUCCAGCCUGGUGCCCCUGCAGCCCAAGACGGCCCAGGUCCACCUGCACACUGACACACGCAGACAAACAGACACAAACACACAUUCUGGUUUUUUUACAUGUGUCUCUCUGCCAUCGUUUCUGCAGACACCUGCCACCCAGCAGAUGAUGACCUUCCCAGAUAAAGUUAAGGAUAAACCAGCAGAUCUGCAAAACUUUGGCCUGCGAACUGACAUGUACAGCAAGAAGACCAGCUCUGCAAAGAGCAAGAGUGCAGCGAGCUCAAUGAGGGACUGGACAGAACAAGAAACACUACUACUACUUGAGGGCUUGGAGAUGUACAAGGACGACUGGAACAAAGUUUCAGAACACGUUGGAAGCCGCACGCAGGACGAGUGCAUCCUGCACUUCCUGCGGCUGCCCAUCGAAGACCCUUACUUAGAGGACAACUCCUCGACCCUUGGACCGUUGGCCUACCAGCCCAUUCCUUUCAGCCAAGCCGGAAACCCUGUCAUGAGCACGGUGGCCUUCCUCGCCUCUGUCGUCGACCCACGUGUGGCCUCAGCUGCAGCCAAGUCUGCUCUGGAGGAGUUUUCUCGUAUGAAAGAGGAGGUUCCUGCAGCGCUUGUCGAGGCUCAUGUGCGGCGGGUGGAGGAGGCAGCGAGGGUCAGCGGCCGACAAGACCCGCUGUAUGGCCUGGAAGGCAGCGGCAUUGCCGGCACCGGCCUAGAAGAGGGAGACAGACCCGAUGAAAGCAGCGAUGAAAGUAAGAGUGACAGCCAAUCAAGUGAAGAGAAGAGGGAGACCAAGGACAGCAAAGAUGGAGCGAUGGAGGAAGAGGAGAAGCAGGCGGAGAAUGGGAAGAAGGAAGAAGAACGAGGGCGAGAACAAGAGGGAGAGAGGGAGGCUGACAAAACAGAUUCAGAAAUGGGUGACGGGGAGAAGGAGAAGGAUGGAAAAGAAGGCACAGAGGACGGACAGAGAGAAGCAGAGAGUGAAGUGGAGAGGAAAGCGAAGGUGGAGCGUGAUGUUGGAGAGGGGAACCUGGCCACUGCUGCUGCGUCUGCGCUCGCUGCUGCUGCUGUCAAAGCCAAGCACCUGGCUGCAGUGGAGGAGAGGAAGAUCAAAUCACUUGUGGCUCUGCUGGUGGAGACCCAGAUGAAGAAGCUGGAGAUCAAACUGCGACACUUUGAAGAACUGGAAACCAUCAUGGACAGAGAGCGAGAGGCUUUGGAGUACCAGCGUCAACAGCUGCUGGCAGACCGUCAGUCCUUCCACAUGGAGCAGCUAAAGUACGCUGAGAUGAGGGCCCGCCAGCAGCACUUCCAGCAGAUUCAGCACCAGCAGCACAGCCAGACCGGGGCCCCUCAUGCCAACCAGGCCGGCUCGGCCCCACCACCCCAGGGCCAGAACGUGACCCAACCAGCUCCCAGCACACCAGCGCCGCAGCCGGCCCCCAGCCCCGCGCCUCCAGCCUCUUCUGCCCCGGCUCCUGAGGCCCAACCACCUCAGGGUGCUCACACCUCGCCCCCUUGCCCCCCAAGCCAGGCCUCAGCUGCCAACUCCAGCUCCAGCUCCAGCACUACUCCUGUACUCCAUGAACCCACCGCCCCUCUUCCAGUGGAAACACUCCACUCCACGGCUCCGGUCCCGCCGCCACAGUGAGAGGAAACUAAAUUGCUCCGAGAAUCCGAAUGACUCUGACCACUUUGAAUCCUGCCUGUAUCAUCCGAAAAUGAAGAAGUCAUAAACCGAAGGACGAGGACACAUUUUACACGUUCAGCUUUUUGUUUGUUGGUUUGUUGUUUCUGUUUUUUGUUUUUUUUCAAACGGGACAAUUGAUGUGAGGAAAAAAAAAGAUUACAUCUAAAUCAAGUCCUUUUCAAAUUGAAUCCGCCUAUGAAGAAAAAUGUACUUUCCAAGAGAAGCUGUUCAUGCUGUGUGGUCGACUGGACUGGCGACAUCACUUCAUAGUUUGAAGCUUAAACACCAGAGAUCUGGUAAACUUAGACGGUCUGACCAACAUGCUGGCACUCAAGGAGAAGAAGAGAAAAGACUCAUCUUGUGUUUUCAGUGUUUUGGAAAUUGUUGCGUCUGUUUUCUUUCUGCAACAGUUAGCCACAGCUCGUGAAGUCUUGUGCUUCAUAAUCUCUCCCCUUGUACUGUAGGUACUAAUUGAAUUAUAUGUAAAAUGCACUUUUAACAUGUUUCCCUCGGUCUCAUUGAAAGACUUGAAGCAUCCAUGAAAUUGAACUUUAGCACUUAUAUCAUCCUUUUGUUGUCUUAAAUGCUUUUUCAUACUGAAGGUUUUGGAAACUUGAUUGGGAAUAUUUAUCUGUGUAACAUGGUGGAAAUGGUCACGUUACAGGGUCACGCGUCGAAAACCAACGUCUCUCUCCAGAGAAAAGGUUCAAAGCAGAAGCCAGAUGGAAAUUACAAUAAGAUGGUUCGGAUGCAGUUUGACAAAAUGUACUGUAAACUGGAUUUUCUGUUACAAACACACCUGUUGUUACCCUGUAAUGAUAGUAUUUGGAAGUACUGACAGCAUGAAAAGACUUCUCUUUAAAAUAUAUCUUAAUCAUGUCCCUCCUUUCAACAGCACUUGUCGGUGAGGAGCUUCUGGAUGAGCUCAAAGCGUCCAGGUGGUAGUUUUUUUUUGUGAGGAAUGUAGACCACGUACGUGUUUUAUUCAUCAUUUGUGUUGAUUGCUAAACCAAAAUGUUUUUUAUAAUCAUGUUUAUCUCACACGUAUUCGGUGAGUUUUACUGCAGUUGGGAAACGAAGAGGAUUUUUUUUAAGCAGCUUGUUUUGUCGCCGGUGCAUUUCAAGUUACAUGUGGAAGAAAUGUUAAAGCUGUCAAAAACAAGGGAGCUCGCACCUUAAACAGCUGACAAUGGAGUAUUGUGUCCUUAAUAUCUGCAACAAUAUCCUCACUUUUUAUCCUAUCGAUUUUUAUAUUUUUUACUGUCUGUUUUUUCCAUCUACUUUUUCUUUAUAUGUCAACAUUGUAACUGUAUUAUUACCUUUGUAGCCUAUAUUUACCCUCUCCACCGUUGUGUAUGAUUCGGGCAGGUCUGACCUGCCUCAGAUGUGACUGUGAGCAUGUGCGUAUGUGAACGCAUGCCAUUACGAUCUGUAAAACCACAUUACCGUUCAGUUUUAUUUCCGGUGCCAUCCGCUGUGUGUCACAAAGUUUGAAGAAUUAAGAAGACAGAGAGAGAGAGAGAGAAAAAAAAAAAACAUGCUUCAUCCUGAACACGGCACGUCACGUCGAGCAUCAUGAAAUAUAAUCCAGUCAGAUGGUGAAACUUUACAGUUAAUGUCCGUCAAGCCAGUAUUGCAGACCUCCCCACAGUCGUGAGCCUAAAUGGACUUCUUUUAUCUGUGUUAUAACUACAUUGUGUGGAUUUUGUGAUAUGAAAUAAGUGUCUGUUCAGUUUCUGUAUGUUUUUCACUAUGCUGAAGGUAGCAGCAAUUGCAUUGAUUAUUAUUAUACAGUAGAGUUCAAUUUUUCCUCAGUAAAUCAUCAAGUUAGUGCAGACGGUUACUCUGGCAGUUUGUAUUAAAAAAAAAGGCAAAAACAAAAGAGGUUCAGGUUUUAAUUACAAAAUGUUGGGAAAAAAUAAAGAUGUGAAGAACA